UGUGAACACUGCAGGCAAGGGCAAAAGUGAAAGAAAACAGGGAGACAGGGGACGACAGAGACGUGGAAACGCUGACACCGAUGAAGGGCCGCGUCAGAUAAAGAGAAAAAUAACUAGCCAAGCUGGAGGACGACAAAGAUACUCAGGCCCUUGAGGCCAAUGUGGACGAUGAGACGUUCACGACCAUCUCUCUGGCAGACGACUCAGCCGGCGGUGGAUCUGCAGCCCUGCAUACUAAACACGAGGACGAGCUUCUCAUCAUGAACUGCGACAUAGACGGAGACCUGGAGAACCAGGCGGAGAUGGAGGAGAAGACGAGGUUGAUAAACCAGGUGUUGGAGCUGCAGCACACGCUGGAAGACCUGUCGGCUCGAGUCGACGCCGUCAAGGAGGAGAACCUGAAGCUAAAGUCGGAGAACCAGGUGCUCGGCCAGUACAUCGAGAACCUGAUGUCGGCCUCCAGCGUCUUCCAGACCACCGACACCAAGAGCAAGCGGAAGUGAGGCGGCGGCGGCACCCGGAGAUCCCUGUAACCAUUUACCCCAGUCAGAACUAAACAGAUGUAAAUAUGAAAAUAGUGUUUGUAAGAUAGUUUUUUCUUUGUGUUUAUUUUUGAACUCUAACGUCGGGACAUUUUUUUGCCAAACAUGUUACCACGAGGCUCCUUAUCGGCGUUAAUCGUGUUUGCUGCGACAGCUGGAUCUGGUACUUCAGUUGUUUUAUCUCAUCUGAUGCUCGCCUGCAGCUGAUUGGCCGGCUGACCCCGAGUCGUGCAGAAUAAAAAAAAAAAAACGUUUAACGACGGCAUGUUUAAGGAACGGCUCAAGUAUUAACAUAAAUGAGGAAAUGUCAUUAAAUCUAGCACUGAACUGGAGGAAGGUUUUGUGCCGGUGACCGUAUAAUAUUCAUAAUGCUACGUUUAAAAAAAGCACAGAGGCAAAGAGCCAAGAUGGCGGCGUCAAUGUUUGCAUCGCUACUAAAACGUUUACGUUUCAGUCUAAAGCAACACAGUCAUCGGCGCAGCAGGGAGGAGCGUUACUCCGGUCCAUUUGCUUCCAUGCGCCGCUAAUAGAGAUGGAGGAGGGGAUACGACGGGUCCAGUAACACCAUGAGGAGGAGGAGGAGAUGCUUUCAGAGGAGCAGCGAGGAAGGCUCUGAGUGGUAUCGAUCCCAUCGGUUUGGCCUGGAAGGGAUCGGCUGCCAGGAGACGGGCGUUAAAGCUCGUCCUCAGCGCCAGACAGGGCGUGUCCGAGUCGUCCGCCGCUGAGAAGCAAUCUGGACCCGAGCU